AUGAACAUGUCAAUUCAUUCGGCAGUUGCGAAAAGGCCAAAAAGUCGUCACAGUUCUUUUGAAGCCACUCUGUUAUUCGUAGUUUCCUGCGUAUCUGUUAUGAUAUUGAUCGCAAUCCUUUUCGUUGUGCAACAGAGAGGCAGCAGAAAGCGAAAAGUUGUGGAAAAUGCUCCAGUUUGGAUACCCCCAACGGAGUUCGAAAAUCAAAAGGCUGAAAAAUAUGCAAAAGAAAAGAAUCGCCAUCAUGUCAUCACUUUUGAAAGUGCAAAACGAAGACGUUUGGAUCCAGCGGAACUAAAGUUGCUAGAGGAGAAACUGACGCCUAACUUGCCAAGAUAUUCCAGAGUGCACGUGCAGGCGAAGCCGAAACGGCUAGAACCUCAGCCUUCUCAGCUUCAUGUUGAAGCUGCAUCAGCCGGGCCUAUCUCUUCUAUAUCGUCUUCUGAAGAGAUCAACCAGAAAGGUCCAUAUGGUCGUACUCCUCUCAUGGUGUUGGUGAGGAACACCAUGAAAACGGAAGAGCAGAUAGUCGAAGAAUUGACCAAGUUACACACAGCCGGAGCCGAUCUGAAUUUGUGCGAUGAUUCUGACGACACCGCCCUACACAUGGCUGUCUCUUCCGGUCGCGUGGCCGUUGUGCGCAAACUUUUACAACUUGGAGCAUCGCCGGUGAUCCGAGACCGUACGAAUUCUACCUGUCUACAUCUUGCUGCUCGUGCUUGCGCUCCAAGUAUGGUUGCACUUCUUCUGGAAAACGAAGAAAUGCGUGAAGAAGUUGAUGCUCUGGACGAUGAAAACAGGACGGCGCUUAUGCUUGUAGCGAUGUAUGAUAUGGUGGACACUAAGAUUGCUCAAAUGCUAUGCGACGCCGGAGCGAAAGUGAAUUAUGAUGGAGACAACAGUUUGACGACAUGGAGAGGAAGAACAGCACUGCAUUUCGCUGCAAAAUACAAUAACUUCCGAAUGGUAGCAUUUCUUUUGGAGAAAAAUGCAAACAAGGACUGUCAAGAUUACGAGUGUUGUACUCCGCUGCAUUUGGCUGCGUCGGAAGAUCAUGUGGAACCUGCGAAGGAGCUUCUAAAAGUCGGAGCCAGUGUGAUGUUGAGGAAUGAUAAGUCUCAAACGCCCUACGAUACGGCUCUUGUUAACAACAGCAAGGAUGUUGCGGCACUGCUCGCUUCCGGUGAUAAUCUCCGUGUUCAAAUUUACUCUAACAACGGAGAAAUAUUCGCUUCUUCUUCUUCACCUGGCUUCAAGUGUGCGAAAGUAUUGAUGGCAAGACAUAUGCGGAACUCUCGUGGUCCUCUCGCCUCACCCAGAUCCACACAGUCGACACCAACACGAUGCACUGUUGCCUCUCCAUACAAUAAUUCUGGAACACCUCAUUCUGUCGCAGCGUUUGGUUCGAAUUACUCGUCACCACAGUACCCGAACCCUAUAAUCAAUGUUGUGGAAGCUUCUCUUCCGUCUCCAAACUGUCAUCAGUCAACACGGUAUACUGUAAAUGCCCAUAAACCUUUGUGUGGGAGCGUUGCGCCUUCAGUGCGCCUUCAGAUGGCGUUGUUGUAUCAUCUCUUUGCGUCGAAAGGACAAGCGUUUUCUACCUCAAGAGAGAAGACAGUAAGUUACUCACCAGGUGUAUAA